UCUUGCAGUGGCUCGGACACUGGGAGGGACAACUUACGAUGGUCGCUCUUCAACUGUUUGGUUUUCUUUCCUCCCGGUUCUGAGGACUGUGCCGACAGCAGCUGGACUGAACUCACUACCGCCAACUCCUGCGAGAGUAGCUCGGACAUUCCCGGACAUUUGUUUCACGUUUAACGUCGCUACUUUGGCCUUUUACUGUCGUUUGAGGAGAUCCAGCGUGCGGUUCUUUGGCGCGAGGAUGUGGACAGAUUUCGUAAAAACACGGGUCGAAACUGCGAUUGAUGUGUCAUGUGACACGAUCCGGAGCUGGUGAUGUUUCUUUCCGUGUCAUCCAUACAUGUCGUACCCGCAGCCCUUCCCUCCGCCCAAGGGCCAGACAACCGGCGACGUAAAGGAAACCGGUCGCUGAGUUUCGAUGCGUUCGUCUCGUUGAUGGCACCGUGUCCUGACCUCGUCGAGUCGGCGGCCGUCUCUCGCUGAAAGCAGCCGCGUUGCGUCGGGAACAGAGUGACCCCAGGACGCGGGAGAAGGCCAGGUGCACUUUGCUUUGCUGAGCGGUGGAGCUAGGUGGUGCCACUGCCAGGUGGAGCCAGGCGUGGAGCAGCAGCAUCGGGUUCAGGCCUGAAGAAGUUCAGCCUACGUGUCUGCCCUCGUGCCUCGGCCUUGUUGUCACACGAGUUACAACUCAUGAGGAACCGUCAAUGUGGACGUCAGCUGGUGAUUUGACGAGUCGCAUCUAGGAGCCGCCUCGAGUGUUUCCUGUCCCCACUCCCUUCCCUCGGUCCCUCCCACCCCUUUCCCUUGUCAAUCUUCUCCCCGAUCCCCCUUUCCCCCUUUUAUUAUCCACCAUGCUUAUCAAGGAGUACCGCAUCCCCAUGCCCAUGAGUGUGGAGGAGUACCGUAUCGCCCAGCUCUAUAUGAUCCAGAAAAAGAGCAGAGAUGAGAGCUGUGGUGAAGGAAGCGGGGUGGAGAUUCUAGAGAAUCAGCCCUACACAGAUGGACCGGGUGGGGCGGGCCAGUACACCCACAAGGUUUACCAUAUUGGCAUGCACAUUCCCAGCUGGUUCUGCUCCAUCUUGCCCAAAGCAGCACUGAGGGUUGAAGAGGAGUCCUGGAACGCCUACCCUUACACCCGCACCAGAUACACCUGCCCCUUUGUCGAGAAGUUUUCCAUUGACAUUGAGACCUACUACAAACCUGACACAGGCAACCAAGCAGAUGUCUUCAACAUGUCUGCAGCAGAGAAGAGGCAGAGGACUAUUGACCCAAUCGACAUCGUGACAGAUCCAAUGUCGCCUUAUGAGUACAAAGCAGAGGAGGACACACGGCUCUUCAAGUCAGCCAAGACUCAGAGGGGUCCUCUGCAGGACGACUGGAUAGAGGACUACAACAACAACCCUGGCAAGACCCCCAUCAUGUGUGCCUACAAACUCUGCAAGGUGGAGUUUCGUUACUGGGGCAUGCAGUCCAAGAUCGAACGCUUCAUCCAUGAUGUUGGACUGAGAAAGGUGAUGGUGCGUGCCCACCGGCAGGCCUGGUGCUGGCAGGAUGAGUGGUACGGUCUGACCAUGGAGGACAUCCGGCAGCUGGAACUGGAAACCCAGCUGGCCCUGGCCACGAAAAUGGCCCAGUUCAGUCAGGCGGAGGAGGCCACAGAGGCUAACGGAGGUGCUCAGUCUCCAGACAAAGAGCAGGAGGUCAAAGAGGCGAUCAGCUCCAUUGAAGCUGAGGAGGUGGUUGUCAGCUCGGGUGGAGAGACUCUCAAGCCUCGAGGUGUACUCACCAAACAGUGGUCCACUUCAUCCCGAUCCUCCCGCUCAUCAAAGAGAGGAGUGAGUCCAUCUCGUCACAGCAUCUCGGAGUGGAGGAUGCAAAGCAUAGCUCGAGACUCAGACAGCUCUGACGAGGAGUUCUUCGAUGCUCAUGAGGAUCUGUCAGAAGGCGAGGAGGUCCUCCCAAAGGAAAUCGCCAAGUGGAACUCCAACGACCUCAUAGACAAGAUUGAAGCCGCAGACACAGAGGACACGCCGGGUGAUCUGUUGAAGGACAUCACAGUGGAUUAUGAAAGAGCAACCAGUGAGGAAAGACUAGAUGAGAUGCGUGGCUCUGUUAGCGGCCAAACCGAUAGCUCUCCCAUUCCCACCAUCACGCUAACGAGGUACCAGUCAGAGAGCUCGUCCCAGCAGUGUCUGCAGCCGUCCAAGAUCCAUGUGCUGAUCUUAGUUCUGCACGGAGGGAACAUCCUGGAUACAGGCGGCGGGGACCAGAACAGCAAGCAGGCCGACGUCAACACGAUUAGUACGGCCUUCGACGCGGUCAUGCGUGUUCACUACCCCGCGGCGCUGGGACGCAUCGCCAUCCGCUUGGUGCCCUGCCCUGCCAUCUGUGCCGAGGCCUUCUCCCUGGUGUCUAACCUGAGCCCAUACAGCUACGAUGAGGGAUGUCUGUCGAGCAGCCAGGACCGCAUCCCGCUCGCGGCUCUCCCGCUCCUGGCAACCUCUGCUCCACAGUACCAGGAGGCCAUGGCCACCGUCGUCGUCAGGGCCAACCAGGUGUACACCGACUUCAUAAAGUCUGUGGAUGGGGCAGCGUUCUCUGGCCAGGUGUGCCUCAUUGGGGACUGUGUGGGAGGAAUCUUGGGAUUUGAUGCUCUGUGCGGUAACAAUCAGACAGUGAAUGAAAGCCAGAACAGCAGUCGCAGGGGCAGUGUCGUCAGUGGGCAGGACCAGGAUCUCCUCUCUCCUGGCAUUAUUGUCAACAGCGGGUUUGCCUCUCCGACCCUGGAGGGCAGCCGCCACCUCAGUCGCAGUAACAUCGACAUCCCUCGUGCUUGUACGGGUGACGACACCAAGCAGCAACUGCCACGCAAGAGAAGUGACUCCUCCACCUACGAACUGGACACAAUAAAGCAACACCAGGCCUUCCUGACCAGCUUACAUUCCAGUGUUUUGCGGAACGACACAGUGUCACGCAUGUCCAGCAGCAGCAAUAUGCUGGAUGGAAGCUCCCAGGGGAAGUUUGACUUUGAAGUGUCUGACUUUUUCAUGUUUGGCUCUCCGCUGGGCUUGGUACUCGCCCUGAGGAAGACUGUCAUUCCUAUGCUGGAUGUGGCCCAGCUGAGGCCUGCCUGUCAACAGGUAUAUAACCUGUUCCAUCCAGCUGAUCCCUCAGCCUCCCGCCUGGAGCCUCUACUGGAGAGAAAAUUUCACCUCCUGCCUCCCUUCAACGUUCCACGCUACCAACGCUUUCCCCUGGGAGAUGGAAACUCCGCCCUACUGGUGGAGACAGUCCAGAGCAACGCUCAGCUGCUACUUGACAGCGGACCUCUUCUGUCCCUUCGCUGUCAGGACACCAUCAGCGAGACCUGUUUCCCUGUGCCGGUGCUAAACUGGCAGGAGGGCUUCCUCAAAGCCACCCUCGCUCCUAUGGAGUCGGAUGUUGUUCAGUCUCAUGGUGGUGUCUUCAUGGACAGUUCGUACCCCUCAUCCCCCGUAACGGGCCCCCUCUCCCGGGGCCAGCGGAGGUCCAGUGAGACCAGCCUUGCCAGCCAGGUCUCAGGAAUGGCAGACAGUUACACUUCCACCAACAUAGCCAACACCAAAUCAUGCGAAAAUAUCCAAUCCAAAACAUUCAGCCUUUUGUCCCAACUCGCCCUUUCAUCACAAAACAAAUUCUUCCUGAAAAGUCCUCCUAAGUCCCGUAAGAAAGCAGCAGAGCGGGUCGAAGGAUCUCCUGACGCAGAUGUAGUGGCCGAGCUGGACAGUGAGGCAGAGACUAGUGAGAGUCUGAGUCCCAUUGGCCAGUACGAGAACUGCCCGUCAGCAGGGCUGCACUGUGCUAUAUCUGAUCUGGUCUCACUGGACUCCCAGGCUGAAGUGGACCAAGUCGCAGCACGUUGGUGGGGCACAAAGCGGCUGGACUUUGCCCUGUACUGCCCCGAUGCUCUGACCGCUUUCCCCACAGUGGCUUUACCGCACCUCUUCCACGCAUCCUACUGGGAGUCCACUGAUGUUGUGUCUUUUCUCCUGAGACAGGUCAUGAGGCAUGAAAACUCUAGCAUCCUGGAGCUCGAUGGAAAAGAAGUGACUGAAUUCACCCCCUCAAAACCUCGAGAGAAGUGGCUCCGCAAGAGGACUCAUGUGAAGAUCAGGAACGUGACUGCUAAUCACCGAGUCAAUGACGCAGUGUUCACAGAAGACUCCCAGCAGGUCGUGAUGGGUCGCUUCAUGUACGGCCCUCUGGACAUGGUCACCUUGGCCGGGGAGAAGGUUGACCUCCACAUCAUGACCCAGCCUCCAUCGGGAGAGUGGGUGUACUUCAACACAGAAGUGACCAACAGUAGUGGCCGUGUGUCUUUCGUCAUCCCAGAGGACCAACGUCUGGGCAUCGGAGUCUACCCGGUCAAAAUGGUUGUCAGGGGCGACCACACAUUUGCAGACAGCUACCUGACAGUUAUUCCACGUGGCACAGAGUUCGUGGUGUUCAGCAUUGACGGCUCAUUUGCUGCCAGUGUGUCAAUCAUGGGCAGUGAUCCCAAAGUCCGUGCAGGAGCCGUGGAUGUUGUCAGGCACUGGCAGGAUUUAGGCUACUUGAUCAUCUAUGCGACAGGACGACCAGACAUGCAGAAGCAACGGGUCGUGGCUUGGUUAUCUCAGCACAACUUCCCUCAUGGCAUCGUCUCCUUCUGUGACGGCUUGGUCCACGACCCACUCAGACACAAGGCCAACUUCCUCAAGUCCCUGACAGAGGUUCACAUGAAGAUUUUCGCUGGCUACGGAUCAACCAAAGACAUCUCAGUCUACACCUCCAUUGGCCUCCAUCCCUCCGAAAUAUUCAUCGUCGGUCGACCCUCGAAGAAGAUGCAGCACCAGUGCCAGUUCAUCACAGAGGGAUAUGCCGCUCAUCUGUCCCAGCUGGAGUACAGCCACCGAUCCCGGCCAGCGAAGUCCAGCAGCGUGCGCAUGGUGCUGCGUAAAGGCAGCUUCGGCGUGGGUGCCAAGAGUGACUUCCUAAGGAAGAGGAACCACCUGCUGCGCACCAUCUCCUCCCAACCGGCCCCCAGCUCCCCGACAGGCAGCAUCCACAACCGGCCAGAGCGCACACAGAGCCAGUCAGACGGCGAGCGGCUGGAGGGCGCUCACAGCUCCAGCCAGGGAGCAGCACAGCGCAGCAUGAGCAUCACAGCCAGCUGCUGGGGCCGCAGCAGCAGCAGCACCAAGCUGGAUCCGGGCAUCCUCAGCCCCAAAUGAGACCAGGGAGACGGUGUAAGACUUUACAAAGACUGAGGAAGAGACCUGUGACAAAGAGAAGCGCCAAGAGUUAAAAACAGCUGGCUUGCACCGGAUGGGUAAAUGCAACAAUGGAAACAAUACAGACCUCUCUUUAUAAACUAAUGCCAGUCACACUCAACAUAGAUACGAGGCUUUGGCGAUAUUUAUUAUACAACGCACACAAAACUCAACCGGCAUUUCAAAGAGCAUCUUCCUGAAAUGGGAAACUUGCACACGAAUAGACACGGCUUAUAUUUCUACUUUCUGUCCUGGUCAGAAUAUAUUGAUCACUCUUGAAUACUCGGCCAGUUUGUUUCCUGAAGCAGGCUUUUAGAUUGGUGAUGGUUACACAUGCCAGCACCCAAUGCUGGAUACAAACAUACAGCGUGGCUCCAGACAGCCUGUAUCAGGUCCACGCUCUGAUACUGCUCUGCAACGGACUGCUGCCACCGCAAGCACCGCAAGUACCACAGAGAUCAACUUUGAGGAGAAGAGUUUUAAAGUUAUGUCUUUUUUAUGUGAUAAUAAGAUAUGUUCUCGUCUGGGAGCUAAAAUUCGGGUAAAACUGGAUUGGAUGCGUUUCUUUUCCCAGCGUGACCAAACAAUCAGUUUGCCAAAAUGUACCUUCUGAAGAUUCUGUUGGACAAACAUUAUUUACGCCCGGCUCGUGGGCCGCAACAACGGAGGAGAGACGCACACUAGACUUAGUAACAAUCUUUAAGUAAGUCAAAGUCAGGAAGACGCAACAGGUUAGUGGAGACGGACCGACCGAGGCAGCAGGCCCGGGGCAGCGGCAUCAGGCCUCUGAGGUCAUCACAGCAUCAAAAUGGGUUUUUAAGAAAGCUAACAAUAAAUGUACACAGUCCAGUUUUAGUUUGUUUUCUAGUUGUCCCUCAGAACAAAGAACCAUCUAAAUAUCACAUGAAGCAAACAGAAAAAUGACCCUUUAACUAUGGUUGCCGCGGUAACCGUUCCUGGGACUUUAAAGCAUUUGACCACAUCUCACCAUGCGGCGCUCGGGGAAGCUCCCGCUGCUGCGCGGUUAAUGUGCCAAAGUAAACCGUAGAGAAUGAGAUGCUACACAUGAACAGAGAGGGGAUGAUUACGGUCUCCUGUGUACAAAUGUAAUAGUGUAAAUAUAUGUAGUUGAUGGCUUAUUGAGGCUUGUAUAUAAUUGUUCUAUCACAGUGCAGAUCUGGUAUCUGGUCCACUGAAGACCAGUUUCAAGGGUCUUUACUCUGGGGGUAAACACCACCUCAUUCAGGAUACACUUUAACGAUUGAUGAUAACUAUUCUUAUUUAAGAUUAUAGAUAUUUUAAAAUGUAUUGAUUUUGUGAACAAAGUGUGUUUUAGGAUUACUUCAGAAAUGUUGGUUUUAAUUUUACUUUUAAAUUCAGUUGCAUCAGCCAAAGCUCGGAAGAGGUCUUUGGCUGGCACAGUAUUUUAUUUUGAUUAUUUUACUUACAGAUCUCCAGAAUUGUAUCAACAGAACUAUCUGGUGUCAUAUUAUAUUGUAUGUUUAUUAUCUAUUUUGGAAAUUUGAGAAAUGGCUUCUCUCUGGUUGUCCCUAGGCUGUAAUUGAGGCGUUGAAUGUGCUCAUAGAUAAUCCUCAUUUAGGUGGAGGCCUCUUUUCUCUGUUCUGCUGCGCCUUCUAGAGGAAGAAUAAUCUGCUAAUUGUAAAUGAUGUUCAAAAUGCUGUCAGAAGUAGGAACACAGAGCUCAGACUUACUUAAUGCUGUUCGCCAUUUAUUACUAAAAUGGGAACAGAUGUGUAAUCUAUCCAAUCAAAUGAUUUUAUUUGGCCCUCUAAUGGGCGAGUAGAGAGCCGACUGCAAUGGACCAAUAUGGCUCAAAUGAAAGGGAAAUGUGCAAUAUUACUCAACCGCACCCCAUAUCAAGCAGACUGUUGAGGAAAUGUUUGAGUGCAUUGACAAUCAGUUCAACAGGCACAUGCUGUACGGACGUCAAACUGCAGAGGGAGCCUGAACACAUCUUAGCACGCAACAAAUACACAUGUAACAUUGUAGAGCCCAUCAAAAAAUAAAAGGAGAGAUUUCUCACAAGAAAGUGCCACUGACCUCAUCCGUCCGUACUCAUCGACACUCGGUUGUCAGUUUAUUAGGUACACCUGUCUCAGAUAGAAAUCCUGCCUUCAGGAAGGUUCUGAUUUUUUUUGCGAGAGCAUCAACGUAGUCGUGGUUUUGGAGGCUGUAGUUUGUGAUGCUGUUGAAUUGUAUUGUGUUCUCCUGUACGGUGUUUCUUAUAUAUUGUCCAGCCCUUUGAUAUCAAUGAGGGAGAGUUAAUGCUAGAUAACAGAGGGUGCAUCCUAAUCUAUAGGUAUAUAUACCUUACUAAAUCAGGGCUGUUUCUAGCUAUCCGGGUAAAGAACGACGCUAUUGCAAACUGUACGACAGUCCCUCUGCAUUUUGACCAUUUCAGAGAUCUGGCUUGAAGCAUAUAUAUAAAACUCUGAGGCUGCUGACCCAAGAAUAGCUGUUUGUAAAUCGAUAGUAAUUUUUUUUUUAAAGCAAAAUAAACGCUGUAAAACAUGCACUCAUCUAAAAUUAGCAACAACUGAACUAUAUGUCCUAAUUCAGAAAUCUGAAUUGCCUGGAUAUUAAAAGCCAAGACCUGUAAAGAAGCGGUGCGGUUAUCUGUGACGCUUGGAUACCUCUGGGGAGUCGCUUUGAUUCUGCUACUCACACACACAUUACCAGAGGCCUUACACUUCCCUUUUCUGCCUUACAUUACUAUCGUGUUGAGCUGAGAGUGAACGCUGCUCACUCCCCGAUUUACUUCACUGAAAAGGACCGUCUUUACUUUGUGGAGAUAGAAAGGGCCAUGUUGGCUGUGGCUUGUUUUCUCUUUAACGGAGAUGUACAAAAGAGAAAUCUUUUUUAAAUAUAGCACCAACAUUAGGGAAACCGUCACCGUUUCAAGCUCUGCCCCCCAGGUUAAUGCAAUGCCUCCACUGUCAUCAACAGUUAGCAUUUAUAUAAUGUAUGUAUAUAUAGAUCUGUAUAGGCAACACGACUUGUUAAAUAUCUUCCUUGUACAGGGUGUGUAUCUUGUAGGUUUUGGAUAACUUCUUUGUAUUCAUUCCCUUGUGUUUUUAUGUACAGUGUAUAAAGAAUAUAUAAAGAACAAA